AUGAAACUCCUCAACAAAACCAUUGCUUUGGAAAAAGACAAGAGUGGCUCUCUUACUUUGGUGCCUCAGGAUAAAGAGGACUUAUGGCAGCUUUAUAACUUGGUCCAGAAGGGUGAUAAGGUGGACCUUCUGACGGUGAGAAACGUCAAGAAGACUGAGGGCUCUAAAGCUGAGAGGAAACAUCUUCACUUGACCCUUGCAGUAGAAGGUGUUGAAUAUGAGCCUAGUGACGAGGUGAUGAGAAUUCGUGGUAAAACCACCGAACAGAACGAGUUUGUUCCUAAUCAGAGUUACCAUACCGCAGAGGUUCAGCUUAACAAGUCACUUAAAUUGACCAAGCCAGAAUGGGACGAGAUCAGUUAUAAUAUUGUUAUUGAGGCAUCUUCGAUUGAGAAGAAGGCUGAGGUUGGUGCUGUUGUUUUGGAGGAAGGCGUGGCCCACUUGUGUCUUGUUACUGAUAAUAUGACUGUGUUGAGAAAUAAGGUUGAAAAGUCCAUUCCUAGAAAGAGUCGAGGCGAAGGUGGUGGCUCUUCUCACGAUAAAGCUAUUAGCAAGUUCCUUGAUACCGUGCAAGCCACGCUUUUAAGAAACUUUGACUUGGAGAAGCUUAAGGUGAUCAUUCUUGCUUCUCCAGGCUUCACUGCUUCUGCUCUUCAACAGGCUAUUUUUGAAACUGCUGUCAAGAACGAUAAUAAAGCCAUUCUUAAGAAUAAGUCCAAGUUCUUGGUUGUACACUCAUCUACAGGUUACCUUCAAGGCCUCGAGGAGGUCCUCAAGGACCCAAGUGUUCAGAAGAACCUCACAGACACUAAGUUUGCCAAGGAAGCUGCUAUCUUUGAUGAAUUCCAAAGAGUUCUUAAUCUAGACGACGGAAGAGCGUGGUACGGUCCUCAGGAAGCCACCAAGGCUGUGGAAAUGGGAGCUGUCAAGAGUCUCUUGCUUACAGAUGCACUUUUCCGUAGUGACGACAUUGCUGUGAGAAAACACUACAUUGCUUUGAGUGAUGAAGUGAAGGCCCAAGGUGGAGACGUGUACAUAUUUUCGACCCAGCAUGAGUCUGGAGAGCAGUUGAAUCAGUUGACCGGUGCUGCUGUGUUGCUCAAAUACCCAUUAGACCUCGAUGAAGAUGAAGAUGAAGACGAUGAGGACGAGGAUGAGGACUGA